CUAUUACGGUUAGUGCGAGACGGUCAUGUCCCUCAAGGCUUUCCGUAGAAAUGGCCAUUAUGCUUGCCGUAGUGUUCCUUUUUGAAUGAGUGGCACUAUCUGUUCACAAAAACCAGCCAAAUAAAACCUUUUGUAUUUGUUUUAUUUGCUAUUAAUGCUCCAUAAUGAACGUCCAACCUUCAAACCCCAAUAAUCCCAUUGUGUUCUUUGACGUGACUAUCGGAGGACAGGAUGUUGGAAGAAUGAAGAUUGAGCUGUUUGCAGAUGUUGUUCCAAAGACUGCUGAGAAUUUUCGGCAGUUCUGCACAGGGGAGUUCAGGAAAGAUGGUGUUCCUAUUGGAUACAAAGGAUGCACGUUCCAUAGGGUUAUUAAAGACUUCAUGAUUCAAGGCGGUGACUUUGUAAAUGGAGAUGGCACAGGGAUCUGCAGCAUCUACAGAGGUCCAUUUGCAGAUGAAAACUUCAAACUGAAACAUUCUGCUCCGGGCUUGCUGUCUAUGGCAAAUAGUGGCCCAGGAACAAAUGGCUGCCAGUUUUUCAUCACCUGCACAAAAUGUGACUGGUUAGACGGGAAGCAUGUAGUGUUCGGCAAAGUGGUGGACGGUUUGCUCAUCAUGAGGAAAAUUGAGAACGUGCCUACAGGACCAAACAACAAACCCAAACUACCCAUCGUCAUCGCUCAGUGUGGAGAAAUGUGAUUUCUUUUUUUUUUCCAUCUUUCUUUUCAAGCAGCUUUUUUUGUUGUCACAUGUAUGCAGUGGUUUAUUAUAUUCUUGUCACCCAAAAGAGAAACCUUGAAAUCAAGAUUUUUUUUUUUUUAUGUAUUUUCUGACAUUAUUGUGAUCUGCAACAUCACUAUGCUCUAUAGUAUCUUUCUCACAAAUUCCAACACAAAUAAUUGUGUUGUCCUCCUAUAAAUUUUGAAUGCUGAUAUAACAAACAUGGUGAGACAAAUACAGAAGAUAAGUGUCUCCUGUUUCUCUUGAGGCGUAAGAAGAAUACUUUCAUUGUCCAUCUUUUGGAUCGCUUUACAGUUAACCAUUCUCUGCCAAGUAUCCUGAAUAAAUUUCAGCUUUUUUGUAA